AUGGCAGACGGCACAGAACCCAUCCCCGAGCCUCCAGGCUAUCCCUUGGUGGGCAAUAUCGGCGACAUUGACCCAGAGAACCCCGUCCAGUCCUUCGUCCACCUGUCGGACAAAUACGGUCCCAUCUACCGCCUCCACUUUCCCGGCGGGCGCACAGCUGUCGCUCUCGCAUCACGGGAGCUGAUCAAUGAAGCCUGCGACGAGACUCGCUUCGAGAAGAACAUCGGAGGCGUUCUGGGCGCCCAGAACGAAGAGCCGAACUGGGCUCUUGCCCACAGGGUGCUCAUGCCUGCCUUCGGACCCAUGUCCAUCAAGGGCAUGUUCGACGAGAUGCACGACAUCGCUACGCAGCUGGCCAUGAAGUGGGCUCGCCACGGCCCCGCGACGCCCAUCAUGGUCACAGACGACUUCACCCGGUUGACGCUCGACACGCUGGCCCUGUGCGCCAUGGGCUACCGCUUCAACUCGUACUACCACGACGAGAUGCACCCCUUCAUCCAGGCCAUGGGCGAGUUCCUCCACGAGUCGGGCUCCCGCAGCCGCCGGCCCCCCUUCAUGUCCGUCUUCUAUCGCUCCGUCGACCAGAAGUACUGGGACGACAUUGCGCUCCUGCGCAAGACGGCCGAUGAGGUGCUCCAGGCACGCAAGGAGACCCCGACCGACCGCAGGGACCUGCUCACGGCCAUGCUGGAGGGCAAGGACCCCAAGACCGGCCAGACAAUGAGCGACGCCAGUAUCACAGACAACCUGAUUACCUUCUUGAUUGCUGGCCACGAGACUACCUCGGGUCUCCUCUCCUUUGCCUUUCACCACCUCCUUAAGCAUCCGGAUGCAUAUCUCAAAGCCCAGAGGGAAGUCGACGAGGUCGUCGGCACUGGGCCCAUAAGGGUCGAGCAUUUGGCCAAGCUUCCCUACAUCAAUGCUGUUCUCAGAGAGACGCUGCGAGUCACGUCGACCAUCCCCGUCUUUGGCGUGACGGCCAAGAAGGACGAGAUCAUCGGCGGCAAGUACAAGGUCUUCAAGGGUGAGAACCUGGCUAUGCUUCUGGCCAAGUCGCACGUCGACCCCGCCGUCUUCGGCCCGGACGCCAACGAGUUCAAGCCCGAGCGCAUGCUGGACGAGAACUUUGAGCGGCUCAACAAGGAAUUCCCCAACUGCUGGAAGCCCUUUGGCAACGGCGUGCGGGCCUGCAUCGGCCGGCCGUUUGCCUGGCAAGAGGCCCUGCUCGUCAUGGCCAUGCUGCUGCAGAACUUCAACUUCAGAGCCCACGACACGAGCUACCAGCUGGCCAUCAAGGAGACUCUGACGUGGAAGCCCAAGGACUUUUACAUGCGGGCCACGCUGAGAGAUGGCCUGACCGCGACGACGCUCGAGCAGAGGUUGUCUGGUUCUUCGCCCGCCACUGCCAACAGCAGCAAGUCCAACGGAAGCCAAGCCAGGGCUCCUGCGAAGCCGGCGAAAGGGGGCAAGCCUCUCAGCGUCUACUACGGAUCUAACAGCGGUACCUGCGAGGCUCUGGCGCACAGGCUGGCGGCGGACGCGUCCGCCCACGGCUUCGCGGCCAAGGUGGUCGAUCCCUUGGAUGCCGCCAACCAGAACCUGCCCAAGGACCACCCCGUGGUGAUCAUCACGGCGUCGUACGAGGGGCAGCCUCCUGACAAUGCUGGCAUCUUUGUCAAGUGGAUCGAAGGACUGUCGGGCAAGGAACUGGAGAAUGUGACAUACGCAGUGUUUGGUUGCGGUCACCACGACUGGAACCAGACGUACCACCGCAUCCCCAAACUCGUCGAUUCUACUCUUGAGAAGCUCGGCGCCGGCCGCGUCGCGUCCAUCGGGCUGACAGACGCUGCCCAGGGCGACAUGUUCACCGACUUCGAGACCUGGGAGGACGAGGUGCUCUGGCCCGCCCUCGAGGACAAGUACGGCAUCUCGUCGUCUGCCGACGACGGCGCCGUGCCGGGGCUCGACGUCCAGGUCUCGGCGCCCAGGUCGUCGACGCUGCGCCAAGACGUCAAGGAGGCGUUCGUGGUCGCCACCGAGACGCUGACCUCGCCGGGCACGCCGCCCAAGAAGCACAUGGAGAUCCAGCUGCCCAGCGACCUGACCUACACCUCUGGCGACUACCUCGCCAUCCUGCCGCUGAACCCCAAGGAGAACAUCCAGCGUGCCAUGCGCCUCUUCCACCUGCCGUGGGAUGCGCACAUCACCAUCUCGGCCGAGGGCAGGACGUCGCUCCCGACCAACGUGUCGAUCGCGGCGGUGGAUGUCCUGGGGGCUUAUGUCGAGCUGGCUCAGCCGGCGACUAAGAGGGGCAUCCUGGCUCUCGCCGAGGCCACCAAGGACGAGAGCAUCAAGAAGACUCUUCAAGGUCUUGCCGGCGACGAGUACGCCAGCGAGAUCAGCGCGAAGCGUGUCUCGCUCCUUGACCUGCUCGACCGGUUCAAGGAUAUCAACUUGCCUCUAGGAAACUUCCUCAGUUUGGUCCCGCCCAUGCGCGUCAGGCAAUACAGCAUCUCGUCCUCGCCGCUCUGGAACCCGGGCCACGUCACCCUGACCUACUCGCUGCUCAGCGCGCCCUCGCUGUCGGGCCAGGGCACCUACAUCGGCGUGGCGUCCAACUACCUGGCCUCGCUGGCCGAGGGCGACAAGCUGCACGUCGCGGUGCGGCCCUCGCACGCGGCCUUCCACCUGCCCGCCGACGCCGAGCGCACGCCCGUCAUCUGCAUCGCCGCCGGGUCCGGCUUGGCCCCCUUCCGCGGCUUCGUGCAGGAGCGCGCGGCCAUGCUGGGCGCGGGCCGGCGGCUGGCGCCCGCGCUGCUGUUCUACGGCUGCCGCGACCCGGAGGCGGACGACCUGUACCGCGACGAGUUCGACCGGUGGGAGCGGAUGGGCGCCGUGGACGUGCGCAGGGCGUACUCGCGCAGGACCGGGGCGGAGGAGGGCAGGGGUUGCAGGCACGUGCAGGACCGGCUCUGGGAGGACAGGGCCGAGGUCAUGGAGCUGUGGGACCGCGGGGCCAAGAUCUUUGUCUGCGGGUCGAGGGGCGUGGGCGAGGGCGUCAAGAAGGCGGCGCUCAAGAUCCGGCGGGAGAUGGUCGAGCGGGACGGCGGGGAGGCGGUCUCGGACAAGGAGAUCGCGUCGUGGUUUGAGAGCAUGCGGAACGAGAGGUAUGCUACUGAUGUGUUUGACUAG